CCGGAUCGGUCAAGUGGAGGAACAUGGAAUCGCUCGGUCUCUCUCCCGUGGAUCUUCCACAGACAAUUCUCACCCCCAGCCGCUCCCGCCCUAUAUAAGCCCCCAUCCCGUCUCCUUCAGUCGUCUCCACUCACGGCCAACUUUAUCGACAUAGUUCCACUACUCAUCCAGCUACGUACCAGUCUACGUACAACAAUUAGCUAUCCAACAUGUCUACCGUUCCUACUGUCACCGUUGCAGGCAAGCAAGUCGGCCGUAUGGGCUAUGGUCUCAUGCAACUCACCUGGAACCCCCAACCUCCUCCUCAAGAUGUCUCUUUUGCGGCUAUGAAGGCUGCUGCUGAUUCCGGAUCUACUGUAUGGUCUUCCGCCGCAUUCUAUGGUAACCCUGGGAACAACUUUGCCAACAUCAAGCUGCUCGGAGCCUUUUUCGACAAGUACCCUGAGUACAAGAGCAAAGUUGUGCUGGUCGUUAAGGGAGGGGCGGACUAUGCAGAUCUUCACCCUCGCGGCACUGAACUCGAUUUCCUCCGCACUGAACUCACGGAGAUGAAGAAGAUUCUGGGAGACAAAGAAAUUGAUGUAUACUCCCUUGCCAGACUUCCUGAAGGACCAGUGGAAGAUAUAUUCAAAGGAUUAGAUACUCUCAAGAAGGAGGGUCUGUUUGGCGAUGUGGGAGCUAGUGAGAUGAGUGCUGCAUCGCUUGAGAAAGCGCACAAGAUUACUCCCAUUGCUAUCAAUGAGAUCGAAAUUUCUCUUUUCUCCUACGAUGAGUCCAUCCGCGAUGCCAUCGAAUGGCACAACAACAACAAGGUUCCCGUUUUUGCCUACUCUCCCCUCGGACGAGGCUUUAUUACACGGACCUAUAAGUCGCCCGAUGACAUCCCUGAAGGUGACUUUAAAAAAUACUUGCCCAGAUUCCAAGGUCAAGCUUUCUAUGAGAAUUUAAAGUUGGUGGAUAAAUUGGAUGAGAUUGCUGUUAGAAAGGGAGUGAAAGGCAGCCAGGUUGCUUUGGCUUGGAUCUUGAGCUUGUCGGACUAUACUAUCCCGAUUCCAGGAUCAUCAAACCCAAAGCGAGUGGUUGAGAACAUUCAGUCGACCAACGUGGCAUUGACUUCAGAGGAGAAGAAAGAGAUCAAUGACUUUUUGGAUGCUUUUGAAGUCCAAGGUACUAGGUACCCUGCUCAAGCAAUGGCCCACCUUAUGAAGUAAGCGGUCGAUCGAUGGCAAUGAAUGCAAUUGCUUGAAAAAUCCGUAAAUGGAAUCGAGUAUGUAUUGAUUAUUGCCUAUAUAUCAUUGAGUGACGUGAUAGUUUUGCCGUUUGAGAAAAGCCGGCGACAAGAAGAUAGAUGGCAAAGAAAGAGUUUGGUGGACAGAAAAGUGGGAUGAUAUUUCUUAU